AUGAAUUUUCUAUGUACAUUAUUUUUUAUAAACUUGGCGUUUAGUGAUUGCCGCAAUCGAGAGCGAGAAGCAUUUGAAUACACGGUUACUAGCGAUGAUCAUUUAUUUUUUGUAGAUACACAUGAGACAAAUGGCAUGGUUAAAAUUUCUGAUGAAUUGAUUAAAGAAAAGAAAGAUUUAGAUGACGAGAGAGAAAAAAUUUAUACGAAAAAACUGGAAAGAGUAAGAACACCAUCACCUCCUCCUUUUGCAGGGCCUCUUGUUACUUAUGGGCCAGGAGAAGAGCCAAGUAUAUUUGGUAAACUUUUAAGCUUAUUUAAUCCGGGCUCCCGAGAAUUUAAAGCUUAUGCUGAUCUUUGUGCAGACAAUGAAAUGUAUAUGUUUGGAAGUUCCUGGGAUGAUUAA